GGCUGACGUCUCCCGGAAACGUGCAAGCAUUCGUCACACGUCAUGGCGGCUCGACGCCUCUUCGGGGCUUCUCGUGCGUGGGCCCGCUGGAAAACCCGGGAGAUCCUAGACUCUGCCUCUCCUGGAAGACUCUUGGUUCGGGAUUAUGCCAAAAAACCGAUCAUGAAGGGGGUUAAAGGCGGGAAAGGCAGCGUGGUCAGCGAGGCCCUGAAGGACCCGGAAGUGUGUACCGACCCGGUCCGGCUCACCACGCACGCCAUGGGCGUCAACAUCUACAAGGAAGGCCAGGAUGUGGCCCUGAAGCCGGACGCCGAGUACCCUGAGUGGCUGUUCCAGAUGAACGUGGGCCCCCCAAAGAAGCUGGAUGAGCUGGACCCCGAGACCCCGGAGUACUGGCGGCUGCUGCGGAAGCUCAACAUUUGGCGCCACAACCGACUGAGCAGGAGCAGGAAGUUCUAGCUGGGCGCUGGGGGCUCCAGGCUCCAGGAGGAAGGCUUCUCCAGGCCCCAGGCCCCCGGUGCGCUCUGACACCGGCAGGCGGGAGCACCCCCACACCCCAACUGGGCUUCUCCUCCCGCUUCCCCAGCCUCAGCGGGCUGCUGGAUUUCCUAACCUUGGCCUAGCGGUCUCAACUCCGGACGUGGACAGGGAGGUGGUCCCGACUGAGCCUCGACCUGAGCCUCUGGAGGCAGAAGAGCCUUAGUGAGCGUCAGGAACAGAAAGGUCCAAGGCUCGCUGUCUGGCUUUGGGGUCCAGAUGUGUGGCUCUGUCUGUCCCCGUUCUUUAUCCUCCCAGUGGGUGGCACUCAGGGCAGCCUAGCCCCAGGCUUCCCGGCCAACACCGCCACUCAUCGAGUGGAACUGGGGGUGGACUUCCAGGGCCAGUCAGCUAGGCUCAGAGACCUGGUCCUCCCUUCUAGCUCCAGGUCCUCCACUGCUCUGUCCUGCUGGAGCCCAGGGCUCAGCCUCCCUCUCGGCCCUCCCCAGCUGCAUCAUGAGCCUGAUAUGCAGCCCAGGGGGGAACCCAGCUCCUGCAUCCUGUUACCCAGCCCAGCUGUGAGGGGGGACCCAGGAGCCAGACCCAAGCACAUCAGAUUGCAGGGGUGUAGGGGCAGUGUCCAGUUAGGGCCAGUGGGGGCCUCUUGGAGAACCUGCCCCACCCAGAACCAUUGAUGGUCAGGACCAUGGGCCCGGCCUCAGGUGCUCGCUGUGUGUAUGUGGGUGGGGGUGCAUUGGGCUGGGCCUGUCCCCUCCAGGUCCCUCUGGUUGCUGACCCUGCAAGAGCUCCUCCGACUAACUGCCCUGUCCCAGGGAGGCGGGAGCCCUCAUCCUCUUAGCAGACUGCAGAGCAGAUUACCAGGCGCUGCCCCUGCUGGGCAGACGGUGCCCAGGUUCUCAGGGUUGUGCCUGCCCUGUGUCCAAGCCUAUGGUGGUUCUAAGUAAAAGCCAAAGUUACAGUGGACACCAGGCCCUGCCUGCCUGCCUGGCCACUUCCCGUACCCCUCCUUCCACUGCUCCAGCCACAGGGGCCCCCUGCUGAGCCUUCAGGACACCAGGACACCUGUCCCAGGGCCUUUGCACAGGUCUGCCCGAUGCCCAGAGUGCUUUUCUCCCGGAUUACUCCAUGGCUGCUCCUCCCCUCCUGCCCAGAUCACCCCAUUAAAGUUGCCGUAUGCCACAGUCACCUGGUUUCUCUCCAGCA